AUGGAACAUCAGAUCACAGGCAACACAGAGAACAGGGGGGGAGAAUCGGCGCUAGCGGCUGGGUCAGGGGCGUCAGCAGAAGGCGACGAUGCGAUCCGAAGCGGUGGCGGUUCUGACCAUGAGUCGAGAAAAUCUGGCGCUACUCGACGGAAACAAAACGGGCUGAACCAGGUGGUAAUCACCCGCAAACUUAGCAAGCACAUCGUCAAGGAGACUAGAAAAAAAAUCAUCGCGAGGGAGAAAGCAGAGGAGAGUGAGCGAAAGCUCAAGCAGAGAGAAAAGGAGAUGAAGGGGCCCGAUGAGGACGACGAGGAGAGCGAAGACGGAAUUGACCCAACAGCGGAGACGGCCUGGUUGCAGCCCGAGACUAGAGUGGCUCGCGUAAAAGCCAAGAAGAUGCGAGGAUUGCGCACGAACUCGGUCGAAAACUUGGAAAACGAUGACCUCAACCAUCUUUCGGCCCAGAGAAAUUUCGUCAAGACCGGCUUCUGGAGGUGUCCCAACCCCUUCAGGAGAAAGCUUAUAGAGGACAGGCAAGAGCUCCUCGGCAUCCUCAACAUGCCGCGAAACAAGAGGAUGAGGAAAGCCGGGAUCAAGGAGUCUCACCUAGCGAGCAUCGUGGACGUGUACCGAGACGUGAUGUUCAACGCGCUUGCCCGCAUGGAAGAGGACGAAGCGGGAGACGCCGGCCCCCUCGUUGGGGCGAAGAAGGCCGACGGCAAGGGGGUACGGGUGUCCUUGUUCACGGCCGCGCUCGGCAUAUCGCCGUAUCUCUUCAUGAGAGAGGUUCUUUGGGCGAGCAACCGAUUGUACGCCCACGCUGUCGCCGGUGAGAUGAACCGCGCCACGUGGGUGUUUGGGUGUAUUGGCCUCUGUCUCAUGUCAGAGAGAGAAGUGGUGGAUUUCAUCUUCAACACCUGCAAGGUGACGGAAGCGGGAGAGCUCGAGGUGGGUGAGCUGGACCGGCUCGCGAAGAGCCUCCACCUCUCGAACGACGCCUUCUGGCCGGCGUUCUCCCAGCAGCUGGAGGACAUAAACAAGUCUCACCAGAACGGGGACCUCAUCAUGACCCUCGACUUCUUCCAAGACAUGCACCACAAGUAUCCCAUGAUCCUUUACCCUGCGUUGCGCGUCCAGGAGCUGGUUCAGCGGAGAACGCUCGGACUGCGCGCUUGGGGGCGGAUAAACAAUAGAUUAGACAACUACCUUGUGAGACAGAAGCGCAACGCCAACAGAAAACCAUGCUGUCUGUGGGUUCUCCUUGGCUUGAAACGAUAA